AUGGGUAACGAUGCUUCGAGGGUGACUGUUGAUGUGUGCAGAGCGUCCCUGGUUCGCGCCCAGGUCGGGUUGAGUCAGGUCAUCAGAGGAGAGAACAUCACAGAAUUCAAAGGAAAAUUCCCAGACAGACUGCAGCUGGACAGAGAAACUGGAUCUCUCACCAUCUGAAAUCUCACCAUCAACAACUCUGGAGUUUCAGACAUUUUCAAUACACACAAAACAUCUCAGAAAUUCUAUCUAUGUGAGAGUUGUCCUCCUACUCAGAGGACCAAUAUUAAUGACAUGAAUCAUUGUUUUAAUUUUAAAAUCCCAGCUCCAGUAUCACUUCCUCAAGUCAGAAAAAUCCCUCAAGGUGAUUUUCUGGACAGUUCAUCAGAGAAGGGGAGCUGUUCAGUGGUGUGUUCUGUGGAGAACCGGAGAGACAUGACCCUGUCCUGGUACAGAGGAGAGAAGAGACUCAACCAGACCAGCAGCUCUGACCUCUCCACCAACCUGUCUCUCCCUCUGAAGAUAAAGCUACAGGACAACAAUAUCUACAGCUGUGUGGCUGCCAACCCAGUCAGCAACCAGACAACCAAACUCAACAUUGAAACGCUCUGCCUUCAGUUUGUAGGUGUCAUUAAUAGUAAUGUGCAACAUUUUCUUUGUUAUUGGACUGGUUAAUUAGUUCACUUGGAUCCCCUGUCACUUCUAUUCUUCCAGCGCUGUGGGUUAGACACCAUAUAAAACAAUAAUAUUAUAUUAUACUAAUACUCUAAUAAAUAUGAGUAUUUACUACGGUAUUAGAAGCCUCCAACUGGACCCACCACAUCAUUUCAAUGUGGAAAUUUGGGUAAUAUUUGGUUGAGACAUUGUUCAAUGAGAUUUCCACCUUUAUUCACCCACCCAAAAAGACAGAAGUUGGAUGAAUUCCGAAUAUGUUCUAUGUGUUCAACUAUCUAAAAGCACAACCAAAUUCCAAUAGAAAAGCAAUGUCGGAUUUUUGGUUAAGUUGUCAUCUAAAUGUGUUCUCAUGCGCUUUCAACCAUAAAACUGCAACAAAGUUAAAAUCGGAAUACAUUGUCAGAUAUUUUAUAGUUAUACAACAACUAAAUGUAUUAUCACGGUACUUCAUCUAAUAGCACAACCAAUUGACCUAGAAUGCAGUUUAGAUUACAUUAAAAGUACAUAGUGCAAUUGUGAAGAUUCACAGACCUGCCACCUUUCCAUGCUACAGUACAGUGAACAUGCUAACUUGACAUUAUAGUUACAGUAACCUCAAUGUGACCAUGUAUGUGUUACUCAUUUUAAGGUUGAAUAAAUAUUGUUACAUUA